CUGGGAAUUUUUAGUUCGAACUAUUAUGUUCCGUUCAUGCUGAUUAUAGAGACUUUUUUAUUAGAUAAAUAAUAAAGAUAAAUAUAUUUUAAUACGAAUGGUCACUGAAUGACUGCAACAGUCAUUUUAAACCGGUUUGAUCGAUUUAACUAUUCAGCGCAGCUGACUGAGACUCGACUGAGUUGUUUUCGUGUUAGGUCUGUUUAAUUCAGCUCAUCACUCCAGCAUGACUUCAGCUUCCACGAAGGUGGGCGAGAUCUUCUCGGCUGCAGGGGCUGCAUUCUCCAAACUGGGUGAACUGACCAUGCAGCUGCAUCCAGUGGCGGACUCUUCUCCUGCAGGAGCCAAAUGGACCGAUACGGAGAUCGAGAUGCUGCGUUCUGCAGUUCGCCGCUUCGGUGAAGAUUUGAACAGCAUCAGCUCAGUCAUAAAGGAGCGAACGGUCGCCCAGAUUAAGACCACAGUGAAAAGGAAGCUGUAUGAGGACAGCAGGGUUCCUCUCACUGCAGAGUCGCCUAAAAAAACGAUGAAGAAAACCACAGUGACGCUACCGCCCCCUCCUGCAUCAGUCGCCCCCACCGUUAUCACUUUGCCGACCUCACAGGUUGUCAUGACAACUGGAUUGCAGAGUUCUUCGUCUUUGCAACCAGCAAUAAAGAACCCUAAACCAGCAGAUGUGACUCUGAGUGCUCUGAAUGACUCUGAUGUGAACAGUGAUUUGGUGGAUAUUGAAGGGCUUGGAGAGGGUUCCACUAAAAAACCAAACUUUGACCAAGAGAGCUUGAAUCUGGACUCCAGUCUUAUAAUGAACUCCAGUGAUCUGCCUCUGCUGUCCCGCUGAUCUUCACUUGUCAGUCAAAGUGAUAUUGGAAUCAAGGGCAGCACAUGUAAAGAUUCUGCAGUUUGAUCAUUGCUGUACCCCGUUAUACCUUUUCCACUGUGGGUUCAAACAGCACCAGAUAAACCUGUACAACAUUGCCAAGCAUUUUCUACCCACGUCAGUGAAGAUGAAGUAUUACUCCAUGAAAAAUAACUGCGUCCUUAUAGCUCUUAAAAUGCAGCAAAAAUAAAUAAUGGAAUAAUGUUUUUAGUGGUUCAUGAUGUGUGAUCUGAUUUGCCCACAGCUGAAAAGGGGUUUGCAGGACAGUGGUGCAGGGGUCAAACUACCUGUAAAAAUACUUCUUUUUUUAAUUAUUAGGCCCAUUUGGCUGAAGUAAAGCUUUGUGAAGUGAGAUGCUGCUUGUAAUGAAAAUGUGGCAGCACAAUAUCAAAUUUUUUUACCAUUUACUUUCACUGCCAUUGUAUGUUAGGUGCAGCUUCUAUUGUAUGUAUAUAUAUAUAUAUAAUUUUUUACCAUUGCAGAAUAAUUAAACAGGUCAUUUCAACAGCAAACAUGAGACAUGCCUGCUUAAGUUUUUUAUGAACAAAAUGUCUCGUCAUACAAUUUCUUGGCUCAGCAUAAAAAGACAGCAUACAGAUCAAUAAAAUGAGUUUUUAAUUAUGAUCUUUUUCAUAAGAAUAUAUGGUAUACAUUUGAUGGUAAAUUAAAUUUUUUCUCUGAUAAUUGAACAUUCAUCUUGAGCAACUGAGAGGGAAUAAAUGUACUUUUGCUACCAAUGUCAAAACGAUAUCCAUCUUUCCCUUAAUUUUUCUGGAACUUGAACAACUGAUAGGCAAAACCUAUCGGCUUUGGCAUUUCUUUACAAUGUUUUUCGUGUGCUCACAAUCCAUUUAGUUUCUUCACAACACCACUCAGUCAUUUAAGGAGAACAAAGGACAAAUCAUGAUUCUAUCUCUGACACACAGAUACAACAGAUCCUGUCAUAGUAAGUGUAUGGCAAAUCUGAAAAAUAAAUGACAUGGUACUUAUUCUAGAUUAUACAAACGAUUCAGAACAAACAGCUGUCAAGUCUUCCGUUCAGGUUCUUGAUAAAUACCUGGUAUCCCAAUGAACUUAACUGAUUAUCCAGAUGAACGUGACAUACUAAUUCCAGCAACUUUAAUGCAUAUUGCACAUUGGUAAUCACUUUUAAAAACCCAUAAACAUUGGUAUCAAACUUUGAAAUCCAAAGGACCCCAAUAACUGGAAAUUGCAAAUGACAGUGCAAGUAACUUUGGAAUUAAAACUUCAAGACCUGUAAGGCAUUAUCAUGGAAUUUAAAACGAAAUGAGUAAAAAUAAAAGGCAAUCGAAGAAUGAGCUGUAUUCCUCCUGAUACAUGGAUAUGAAUAUGGAAACAAAGGAACGGCUUCAAAUGUCUGUUGUGCAACUUUAGAGACCGACAAGCUGCCGGUGGCGAUUCAAUAAAGACUUUGGGAAUCAAGAUUUGUGAUAUAUUUUUACAUUGACACUGAAGUACAUACUGCAACCAGAGCCUUUACACAUUCAUAAAUAAUGUAACAUGCGCCACAAUCUAACAAUUUGCAUAAUGCUGUGCUGUAUCAGGAUUAAUUUGCUUUAGAAGGGCUUCCAGUUCAAUUAACUGCAGCAUGUCACUUUUUGGAUAAUACAUUUUCAAUGAGCUUAAUAAAAUCCAUCCAGCUCAAACGCCACAAUCCAGAACUGCUGCUUUUACACAAAAAGCAGAUCAACUUAAAAGAGCUGAAAAUAUUUCCCAGGUGAAAGGAUUCAAACAAUUAAAACAUACAAAACAAGACCCAUUACAAUAAAAGUAAAUAUGAUCCCAACUCAUGUAACAGCAAGAUUGACAUCUAAACACUGUGCAAAUAGUAGAAGAGGAAGAGUAUGAUAUCCGCUAAAACUGUGAUUGUAGAAACGGUUUAUCUUGCUUUGUAAUGCAACAGCUCAUCCCUUGCAAGUAUCUUAACUCCUCAAUUUCUGUACAUAAUUCACAAUAUAAAAGUCUUGUUUAGGGUUUCAUUAGGAGGGAAAAACAGUUUGACUAAUGAUUUUCACACUGCGGCGGUACUGAAAAGCAUCUUGCCUCAGACGGGAUACAUUCUAAGGCUCUAGGUCAGUUAUUGAUAUGGACUUUUCACUGAAAGUGCUUUGCGUAUACUCCAACAUUGGAUUGUAGAUGCGAGGUGAGACAUCUAGUCUUUACAGUACUUGUUUUAAAGGAAUAGUUCACCCA